UGUAUUGUCAUAUUUUAUUUUGCAGAAAUGUCAACCUGAUUGGUUUUAAUGAGGUGUUCCAGUAUAUUGAUAAAGCAGUCAAUUCACAUGUAGUAUUAUCUGAGGUCAGAUCAUAUUUCAAUUCAAUAAAAGACAUAGUGUGUAAAAUCAUGUAAAAUCUUUGGCAAGACAAGCAGAUCUAAAAGCGUUUGCCUUCUACAUUCAUGUUCAUGGGCACAACAUGAUGGAUGACCAAGAGAACAGCAGACGUUUGAGAUCAGAAGAGAACUUUAAUAUAAAAUCUGACUGCUUAUUCUGCACAAAUUAUGCUAAAUCAAACAAAAAGAAAUUGGUGGUGAUGUGUGGGAUGUUAAAACUUUAGAUUUUCAAGAUACAAUUAUUCGGAAAUGUAAAGAGAGAAAUGACUUGUUGGGUAUUGCUGUGCUUGGGCGAAUAGAACACAUUAUUGAUCUGCCUGCUGCUGAUGCAGUUUAUCAUCAAAUAUGCAAUACAAACUUCAGGAAUCGAAAAGACAUACCUAUGAAAUACCAAUCAAAUACAAGAAAACGCCAAAAACUUAGUGCAAAAAGUCCGGGGAGACCUAUCAAUAGAGAUCAACAAUUGGCAUUUGAUGAACUUGUGCGUUAUGUCGAAACAUCUGAAGGUAAAGUCAUUUCAGUGAGUGAUCUUGUCAAAAAAAUGACCGAGCUUUGUGGUGACAAGUCUUAUACUGCAAAACAUAUGAAAAAUAAGCUUAUAGAACACUUUGGUUCUGAUAUUGUUAUUGGGAAUCUUGAUGGUAAAAGUGACUUCAUAAGCUUAAAAACUACUGCAUCAAGUAUAAUUCAUAACUUUCACAAGAGGCAGCAAAAUGAACAGUCUGACGAACGAGAAAAUAUCAUAACAACUGCUGCUAAACUUAUCAAAAAUGACAUACAAUCAAUACAGUGUGAUAAAUCUUUCUACCCUUCAUCAGAAAAUGUUAAAUCACUUAAAGAAAAUUUAGCUUUUGUGCCAACAAGUUUGCUUGUAUUUUUGAACAAUAUUUUUGUUGAGAAAAACAGUGAGGUAAAAAUAGCUACUAUUGGCCAAGCAAUAAUGCAAGCAUGCAUACCUAGAAAUGUAAUUUGCCCAUUACAAUUAGGUCUAGGUGUACAAAUGCACCACCAUUUUGGUUCUAAAUUCCUUGUUGAAACUUUGUUUCAGUUAGGUCUUUGUGCAUCCUAUGGUGAAGUUCAAAAGUUUGAAAUGAAUGCAGCAGCUUCAAACACCACAUCUAUCCAAGAUUAUUUCCCUGGACAGUUUAUGCAAUUUGUAGCCGACAAUGUAGACCAUAAUUCUUGUACACUUGAUGGACAUAAUACUUUUCAUGGAAUGGACAUCAUUUCAUGUAAAACUCCUAAAAAUUCCAAGGACGAAUGCCAACUUUAG